CACUGGCCACCUUAUCUUUCCAUCUAUACACGGAAACCCCUGGAUAAUUUAUAAGCCUCUCCCCCUUGCUCUGUGUGUGUGUGUGGGAGAAAGAGAGAGGGGAGAUUUGCUGAGCUCACCACCACCACCAUGCUGUGUCCUGCUGCUGUCAGUGCAGCAGCUGCUGCGGCUGUGUGGCUGCUGGCAGUGCUAGGCCCAGUCCUGUCUCUUCCAGCUGAGCACAACUCAGAGGGAGACUUCAGCCUCUGCAGCCACUGCUUCUACAGACAGACGCCUCCUCAGGGAUCCUCCGCAGGGCAGCCACUUCACCCACUCUGCCACAGACUGCCCAGGGGACAGACGUUUGCCACUCUGUCCAAACCGACCUGUGACACAGCUGUCUACUCUGCCUUCCAUCUCAGCCUCAGAGGGGCAGAGAGAGAAGGAGAGGAGGGGGAAGAGCCUGUGGUACCAGCCCUUCUCAGAGUAGAUGCAGACACCCCGCUUCAGCACUGGGACUCAACAAUCACAACACUGGUCCGGUCAAGCUUCGCUCCAAAGUGCAGCGCUGUAAAGGGAGAUCUCUACAUCCUGACUGGGGCGGGGGGUCUCGGGGCCACUGAAGAUGGAGACGAGGAGUGUCAGACACAGCCGCUGUGGUCUGCAGUGUGCUGUGUCAACCCAGAGGGGGAAGGUAGCUUCAGUGUGGGUUUAAUCAAAGAGACAGAGGAAGGAGAGAGGCAAGUGAGCGUAAAGGAGCUGGAGGAGAUCCUAGGAGUGUCAGAGCUGUUCUCAGAGGGCUGUGGAGGAGCAGCUGAGGAGACUACUACUGGAUUCAUAGCAGGCCUUUACCAUUGGGCAGUCCCUGGAAAUGUUGAAGAAGUGGAUGCUAAGCUUACUGAUGAAAACACAGGCGCUGAAGUUGUUGAGUCAAACACUGCUGGUCAAACCUCUGAGGGAGAGGAGGCUGCUUCAGAUACGCUCAACCAUGACUCAAACGAGGAUACUGAGGAAAGCAGCGAGGCACAGACAGCUGAAGAAGAGGAGGUUGCUUCAGAUACAGCGGGCCAAGACUCAAAUGAAGAUGUCCAGGAUAUCAGAGAGGCUGAGACUGCUCAGGAAGAGGAGGCUGGUUCAGAUACAUCGAGCCAAGUCUCAAAUGAAGAUGUCGAGGAUAUCUUAGAGGCAGAGACUGCUCAGAAAGAGGAGGCUGGUUCAGAUACUACUAGUGGAUUCAUAGCAGGCCUUUACAGUUGGGCAGUUGCUGGAAAUGUUGAAGAAGUGGAUGCUGAGCUUACUGAUGAAAACACAGGCGCUGAAGAUGUUGAGUCAAACACUGUUGGUCAAACCUCUGAGGGAGAGGAGGUUGCUUCAGAUACGCUCAACCAUGACUCAAACAAGGAUACUGAGGAAAGCAGCGAGACACAGACAGCUCAGGAAGAGGAGGUUGGUUCAGAUACUACUAGUGGAUUCAUAGCAGGCCUUUACCAUUGGGCAUUUGGUGGAAAUGUAGAAGAAGUGGAUGCUAAGCUUACUGAUGAAAACACAGGAGCUGAAGAUGUUGAGUCAACCACUGCUGGUCAAACCUCUGAGGAAGAGGAGGUUGCUUCAGAUACGCUCAACCAUGACUCAAACAAGGAUACUGAGGAAAGCAGAGAGGCACAGACAGCUCGAGAAGAGGAGGUUGCUUCAGAUAAAGCGGGCCAAGUCUCAAAUGAAGAUGUCCAGGAUAUCAUAGAGACUGAGACUGCUCAGGGAGAGGAGGUUGGUUCAGAGACUACUACUGGAUUCAUAGCAGGCCUUUACAGUUGGGCAUUUGCUGGAAAUGUUGAAGAAGUGGAUGCUGAGCUUACUGAUGAAAACACAGGCGCUGAAGAUGUUGAGUCAAACUCUGCUGGUCAAACCUCUGAGGGAGAGGAGGUUGCUUCAGAUACAGUGGGCCAAGUCUCAAAUGAAGAUGUCCAGGAUAUCAGAUGGGCAGAGACUGCUCAGGAAGAGGAGGCUGGUUCAGAUACAUCGAGCCAAGCCUCAAAUGAAGAUGUUGAGGAAACCAGAGAGGCACUUGUGGUUCCUGUUGAUGAUCAGCAAGAGGAAGCUGAUGCUGACGAUGUCACCCAGGAAACUUCACCCGGUGCUGAAACAUAUGACAGUAGCAACGAUGAGCAGCAAGAUGUUGCACGCUCAAGAUGCGUCAGAUCUGAGUGGACUGAGUCCUCACCUGUUGAUGAAACAGCUGAUGAACAACAGAGAGACACAAGCUCACCUGGUGCUGAAACUUCUGAGAGUAGUGACGGUAAGAAGCGAGACGUCACACGCUCAAGUAGCAGAAGAUCAGAGUCGACUGAGUCCUCAGCUGUUGAUGAAACAGUGGAUGAACAACAGACAGACACCAACUCAAGCAGCACCCUGGUCUACCUCCUUUCCACCACCUUAUACAUCAUGAAAGCUCCUCUGAAACCUGUGUUCUCAACCAUCACACAGUUUCCUGGACAGGUGAUGUACGUUCUUCAGGAGGACCUUGGAGUUCUGUCUGCCCUUCCUGGUGAUAUCCUCUCUGUGUUCCAACUCUUGACCUCUGACAUCUUGUCCUGGUUUCGCUCGGCUGGAGAUAUGGUACUUGGCAUUGGGGAAACCAGCUUCUCUAACGGAUACUUCUGCACCUCCUCCAUAUUUGGGGCUCUGUACGACAGCUGCCACACUGGGGUCACUGGAAUGGGGACUCUGGCUGGAGAUACAGUGGGGGUAUUUGGUGGUGCGAUGGAUAAAACGUGGUGGGUGACAAAGUUUUUUGGAGGGCGGCUGUGGAAGCAGAGUGAGGGGUAUGUCGGCACAGUGGUGUCAGAGAUGGGGGGUCAGGCCAAGGCUGUAGGUGGAGGGGUUGGGAGGCUGGCGUGGAGAAGUGGAAAUGGGGUGGGUAAUGUGUUUAGUACGGGCUGGGGAUUCAUAAGGGGGGUCGUGGGUACGAUCAGUGGUGCAUUUCGAGGAGCUUUUGGAGAGGAGUCCUGGUAGGAAGUGGGGGACAGUUCAAACGUCUUGAUACCAUUAUAAAGCUUGGAUGGUAUUAUUCUUCAACACAUGAAAAAGUGUAGAAUAAAGGCACAUUUUUUUCAGCCUGAUGUCAUGUGAUAUGCCUUAUUUGUUAUAGAAGGAUUCAGCAAAAAAACAUAUUUCUUAAACUGUAGGUCUUCAUUCACUGUUGCUGGCUUUCCAAUAAUCCCCCGUAUUUAAAAGCUGGGAUUAGUGACCCAACUGUGAUUUUACAAACACUGUGCACAAGGCUUUUGGAUGUAUAUUUCAGUAUGAUUCUUGUAUAACAAAUGUUUGCUUACAUGUUCGUUUUAAUUAAAGAGAUGUUUGGCUUAUUA